AUGGCCGGGCCGAUUGAGCUCUCGAUCGAAGAGACGAAUAAGCUCCGUGCUCAAUUGGGACUUCCCCUUAUUCCCACGUCUGCCCUCAGUACGGACGAAAAUUCAAGUAAUAAGGCUGCUUCAAGGAAGGAAAGCGAAUCUGGCUGUGAUUUGAGGCCUCCACGGCAUGAUUUGGAUGUCGCAGGACCAGGCGACUUGCACCCUCUGGAGAGCAAACAUUCCUAUGGAUCUGGCGACCCCGCCCCAUCGUCAAAGGAGACCGAUCAGCUUAACCGGGAUACUUUACACAGGCCAAAACAGCCACGCAUUUUAUUCCAGUACGACGAAGUGGAUACGGACUCUUGGCUUGAUUCUUUGGGUGGGUCACGUGGCCCUGUCCAGCAGGCGCAGGCAGUCCAGACCACAGCUCGGGAACUUGAAGUGGAAGCAGGCCACACCACUGUCAAACACACCACAAAGCAAUUGGCUCUGCUAGCUGAUGGUGAGGUCUUCACGCUUGCCGAUGCGGGAGUUCUAGAAGAUACGGGCGAUGAGCUUAUGAACGAGAAUUUGACAAGAGACGCAAAACUUGCCCAUAGUCAAAAUUCCAAGCAUUCAGAGGCUCGCAUAAAGCUUGGGAAGUCCAAUGUUUUGGACGAGAGCGCGGAUGAAAAGUCGGAUGACCAUGAGCAAGAGUUGGCAGUACUAGAAGGAACUACAAUUCUGCUUGCUCCAAGAAAGGUUGAUGAAGCAGCGAACAACUCGGAACCGGCUGGCAACGUUGUUCGUUUUGACAACUUUCUUGAUAGCUUUGAGCCAUCGAAGCCAAGCGUACCAAUGAAGAAACUCAAAAAGAAACUGAAGGGCAUAUCAAAAAAGCGGCAGAGAAACGAAGAUUCGAUCGACGUGGACGAGCCCAUGUACACCGCUCGCUUGGAUCUCGAGGACGAGCUAGACGAUACCUUCGAGGAUGUGCUUCGUAGAACACGGGUCAAGCGAAACAAGGCGAGAAAGCUCUUGACUGCAGAGGAAAUCGCCAAUGAGGUGAAACUGCACCAAAGAGUGGACAUGGUGGCGGAAGCAGACUCUGGUUUAGUUUAUGACGACACCAAGGACUUUCUUGAUGCCUUAGGCGCCCGCUUGAACGAAGCUCAAUCUGCAGUAUCGAAUCUGGUCGAAGGCAGCACCAAGGAAGCUACGGAAAUUGAGCCAAACAGGAAGCUUGACGCAGACCCCGCUGUUUCUGCCAAUCACGAAACUAAACCUCUCGAGGCAACCAAAACCUCGAAUAUUAAUCUGGAGCUAGCUCCGGGUAGUGAACUUGCUGCUCAGGAGCUGGAGGCAUCACAAUCUCUGCGCAGUACGGAACCGAAUCUCAGCAGUAUCCUGUCUACGCUCAAAUACUUGCGUUCCAGACCAGAUGCUUUGAGUCCUGAAGUCACUAAAACAUCGAAGGCCUAUAGGGAACACCAGAGAGAGGCUGAGUUGGCAAAAAUACAGAUCAAUAUCGAAGAGCGUCUUCUUCGGGAGCAAAUGAACAAAGAUCCAAUUUUCCUCAAAAUGAAAACAGAUGAGCAGGAGAAGGUCAUUGAAAGAAAACUUAACGAUCAGCUAGUUCAAAAAGGCAUUGUAUCAGAAGUUAAAAAAGGUGGUAAAUACGCCCGCUACAGCAAUUCGGCCGAUCCUCUCGAAGACUACAGCCCACAAGUCAGCGUGGAAUAUAAAGAUGCCCGGGGAAACAAAUUGGACAGUAAGCAAGCUUGGAAAGAACUACUGCAUAAAUACCACGGGCUGGCUCCAAAACAUAAAAAAGAUACUCCAAGCCGUAAGUCAACUGAGGAAAAGGUAAUUCACUAG